AUGUCCCAGUUUAUGCAGAUGAUUCGAUGCAUCUCGGUCCGCGAAGAUAGAGACGGGCCGGUGAUGGUGCAGCGUCUGCAUGCACAUCCCGAUGUGGAGUGCUGGCAAGAGGAGCACAUGACGCUCUUUACUAUCGGUGCGACGGGCCUGGUGCUAUGGUGCUUCGGCAUCCCGCUUGCCCUGUUCCUUCGAAUUUGGGCCCUGAGGGAUCGGCAAGAGCCGGAGAAUCGUCGCCUUUUCGGCUACUUCAUUGAAGGCCUAGAGCCCAGGUUUUGGUAUUGGGAGUUGGUGGUGAAGCGGCUUGAUAUCGGCCUGAUGCUACUCAUCGCCUCCACAUCCAUAGCCACUGACGACAAGGCAAAGCUGUUGCUCUUUGCCUUAAACUCAGGCAUACAGCUCGCCGUCACGGCUUGGCUGAAGCCAUAUUCCAACUCGCAAGCAGAAGUUUUAGACUUCUUGGAAUGUCUCCUGCUCGGUGCACGAUUUGUGCUUUUCACCACCGUUACGAUGCUGCUGAUCUUCUUUCCUUCCCGGGAGAGCAUCUGGGCUUGGUCGGCCACUUGCCUCGCAUGA